ACACAUCUCGUCGUGAAAUGUCCCGCUGCGUUGCAGGCGAGAUCUCCCAGCGAGAGUCUAAAAACUACAAUUUACCAUGUCAAACGUCUCAAUGUUUUGGUGUAAAAAGAUGUACAUCGUUGUUGACGUUUCGUAUGAAUGGUAGUGAGUUAACCGUAACGACGGUGUAAUCGCGCGUUAUUGUGAAAAACAGAACAAAGCUUUUCCUGGUUGCGUUUCCCCGAAGCUGCGCACAAGCCACGCAGCUUUGACGCUCGCGGGCUUCCGUCCCUCAUAUUCGAGGACAUGGGACCGUGAAAGUAUGGCGGAUGCCGAGGAGCCGGAGAAGAAAAGAAGGCGAAUAGAGGACCUGACUGAGAAAAUGGCUGUUGACGGUGGCGCCUGCGACUGGGACGGCCGGUGGAAUCACGUGAGAAAGUUUCUGGAGAGACCUGGACCGUUCACGCAUCCUGACUUUGAGCCGAGCACAGAGUCUUUACAGUUCUUGUUGGAGACAUGCAAUAUUUUGGUGAUCGGCGCAGGCGGGCUUGGAUGUGAGCUGCUUAAAGAUUUGGCUCUGUCUGGGUUCCGCCUCAUUCAUGUGGUCGACAUGGAUACUAUUGACAUGUCCAACCUGAAUAGGCAGUUUCUUUUCAGGUCUAAAGAUGUUGGACGACCAAAAGCAGAAGUAGCGGCUGACUUUAUUAACAGUCGCAUCCCUGGAUGUAAAGUUGUCCCUCAUUUCAAAAAAAUCCAGGACUUCGACGAUUCCUUCUACAGGCAGUUCCACAUUAUCGUAUGUGGGCUGGACUCCAUCAUCGCCAGACGAUGGAUGAACGGCAUGCUGAUAUCGCUUUUGAGCUACGAAGAUGGAAUACUAGAGCCCAGCUCCAUCAUCCCACUUAUUGACGGGGGCACAGAGGGCUUUAAAGGAAAUGCUCGUGUCAUUUUGCCUGGCAUGACGGCGUGCAUUGACUGCACACUGGAGCUGUACCCCCCGCAGAUUAAUUUCCCCAUGUGCACCAUUGCGUCUAUGCCGAGGCUUCCUGAACAUUGCAUAGAAUAUGCCAGAAUGUUGCAAUGGCCGAAAGAAAAGCCAUUUGGAGAAACCAGUUUAGAUGGAGACAAUCCCGAGCAUAUCCAGUGGGUGUUUGACAGAGCGCUAGAGCGAGCCGCACAGUUCAACAUCACAGGAGUCACAUACAGACUAACGCAAGGAGUUGUGAAGCGGAUCAUUCCUGCCGUGGCAUCAACUAAUGCUGUUAUUGCUGCUGCAUGUGCAGGUGAAGUUUUUAAAAUUGCUACAAGUGCAUAUAUUCCUUUAAAUAAUUAUCUGGUCUUCAAUGAUGUGGAUGGACUCUAUACUUACAGUUUUGAAGCUGAAAGAAAGGAAAACUGUUCAGCAUGUAGCCAGGUGCCUCAAGACCUCCAGUUCCCACCGUCUGCAAAACUACAAGAGGUUUUAGAGUACCUGACAGAAAACGCCUCCUUACAAAUGAAAUCUCCAGCUAUCACCACAACUCUGGAGGGCAAAAAUAAGACUCUAUACCUCCAGUCUGUUAAAUCAAUCGAGGAGCGAACCAGGCCAAACCUCUGCAAAACUUUGAAAGAGCUUGGCUUGUCGGACGGACAGGAACUAGCUGUGGCAGACAUCACUACGCCUAAGACUGUCCUCUUCAAGCUCAAUUUCACUGCCUGAAUGCCAUUUGGAAUGCAAAGCACUGAUGUGAUGUUUGACAUCCUUUGUCACAAUGUUACUGUAGCGCAUUUGAUAUGAGUGUAAAUAGGACAAGUACCUUUUCACUUGUGCGAUAGCAUUAGUAAUAUUGUUUACUCGUGUGUGUGGGUGUGGGUGUGUGUGUGUGUCUGCGUGUGUGUCCGCGUGCGUUUAUUCUCACAUUGUUGCUCUUUUUGUCGUCAAACGAGAAUAAUGAUAUACUGUAAUCCAGGUACAUUAUUGUCAACAUAGAAGCUUUAUCAGAUCAGCAGCUGAUCAGCUUCACAUAUUUGCUUCAUGGCCAUCUUUUUAAGAUGAGUACUGCAGUAUUUGAUUUUUGUGGCAGAAACAUUUGGAUCUGAUCUUUUUGAACACUUUCAAACUCAACCCCAGAAAAGAAACUCCAAUAGGUAAACAUUUCAUUCACUUUCAACUCAAACCCCUGGAUUCCUAAUUAUAUUUGGAAUCUGAUAAAAUGAAUGUUCCAAAAGUUUGGAAGGGCCUAAAAGAAUAUGUUCCAAUAGAAGACUUGAGACAGAAUACCAUAAUUGAACUGAACAAUAAGGCAUACAUACAUGUGGCGUAAAUAAGAUGUUUAAACUAAAGGCGGACAUUUUUCAUCAUGUUUUUUUAUUUUAAUAUUUUUGUUACUUUAGAAGCUUGCUUGCCUGAGAAGUAUCUAUUCAGAUCUGUAGAAGUUCCAGGGUAACCUUGAAAAUACUCUUAAUACACUACUGUAUUGUCGAAAAUAUCUACUUAAAUUAAAGGAAACCAUGCAGAAAAUGUCA